ACAAAAGAAGCGAAGAUAUUAAAGUUGGAAAAAAAUUAAAUGACUCAGUGAAAGGAAAAAUUCGCAACUUUUCUCAAAGACUACAAGGCGAUAAAUGGAAAAAUUUUUACGUUAUUAUUCAUAAAGCAUGUAUAUAUAUUUACUUCAGUGAAAAAAGCAAAAAACCUAAACACACAUUCAGUUUGAACGGCUAUAAAAGAGUGAUGCGAGCUGAGGAUGUCUCAUCGCCGUAUGCUAAAUCUUAUGUCUUUAAACUUAUUCACUUCAGUCCAGACAAAAGGACUUGGUAUUUUGCUACAGCGUCAGAAAGGGAGAUGCAGUUGUGGAUGGCUACAAUCAAAUCAGAAUUGGAGAAGAUGUCAAACAAUGGACAUGUUUCACAUUUAACACAGAAGCUGGUCAUAGGACUCAAGCGGCCAUCGUUUCGGGCUUCAGAGGUAUCAGACUUUGAUGAUGAUGAUAUUUACAAGGAUAUUGAAACUGCUGUGGUUUACGACUACAAUGAUAUCGAUGACAGUGGUGCAGAUGAAUCCGACUCAGACUAUGAAUCACCAGUUGAGGAAGCUGAAGAUUCCAUAGGUAACAGGCCGUUACCACCAACACCAGCAGACUCAAGUAGUAAUUCCAGUCCCAUGUCCAGACCUCCAGCACAGAUUCCAGCUGCAGAGAAGACAUGGAAGCCACCUGGAGGUGUUUCUUGUGGAUUCCAUAUGGGUGGAAUGAAUGAAUUAAAAAAUAGGCAGAUGGACAUGAAUGACAAGAAGAACUCUAAUGAAGUAUCCUUCGGUGUAAAGUCUAAACUUCAAAAUGCAUGGCCGCCUUUGCCAACACCCCCUACAUCAAAACCUAAGAUUCCAUCCUCUACUAAGCCUGCAAUUCCAAUUAAGAAUGUUGGGGGACCUCCAAAACCAGCUCCAAGACCAAGGCAAUCAUCUCUUCAACUCCAGAUUUAUUGCCAGCCAAGGCUAUGCUCCAUACUUCAGAUAAAAUGGAAUCAGAAAGGUGUUUGAAUAAGUACAAAAAACCUGGCAUGUACUUGGUCAGGAAAAGUAGUCAGCCUGGAGUUCAGGUUCUUGUGGUCUAUGAUGCACCUGGACAAAAGUGUUUACAUUACAAAGUGUUUAACCAAGGGAAUGAAAUGUAUCUUCUGAACACAGAUCCAAAUUUUAAUGAUAUAAAAGAUAUGUUGGAAUAUUAUUACAGUCACCCACUUCCAACAACAAGCCAG